AGACCCGGCGCUUGCACAUCACCGUCGUCGUGCGUCAUGGACGAGGUCCAGUGCUCGGCCGGCAUGGCCGCCCCGAGGGUGACCGCCGUGGCCCGGCACUUGUCAUCCUCAUCGCGCAGCUUGGGCGGGUCGCGGCUGGCGCCUGUCCUCCUCGAUCGUGGCCAGCUGGUUCAGCAGGAGCGACAGGGGGAGCGGGUGGUCGGAGCAGCAGGGGGUGGUGGAGCGCGGAGGCGACGAGAUGAUGAGAAGGACAGGGACCCCGCGGCGGAGCAGCAGCGGCUGGGGGAGCAGCGAUGCUUACCAGUUCGCCGAUGUCGCCGUCGUGCAAGCCAGGCCAGGUCUGGCUAAUUUGAUCGUGUGCUAUCAGUGAUGGGCGAAGGGAGAGCAAGGAGGGGGAGGAGGGAUGGUAGAGGUUAACAUAUAUAGAUAGGAGAUCAUGGCUUAUUCCAGUC